AUGCGUGAAGUUAUAUCUGUUCAUGUUGGCCAGGCUGGUGUUCAAAUUGGUAACGCUUGCUGGGAGCUUUACACUCUUGAGCAUGGGUUGAGCCCUGAUGGUCGUCUCAUGGAUGGAUCACCUUCUACCACCGAUGACGGAUUCUCAACCUUCUUCUCCGAGACUGGCUCAGGGAAACACGUCCCACGUUCUCUCUAUGUCGAUUUGGAGCCCGGCGCGAUUGACGACGUCAAGGCUGGUCCAUAUAGGUCUUUGUUCCACCCCGAAACAAUGAUUUCUGGCAAGGAAGACGCUGCAAACAAUUACGCUCGUGGGCACUAUACAGUUGGCAAAGAGCUCAUUGACCCCGUCAUGGAUAGACUUCGUCGUCUCGCGGAUAAUUGCUCUGGCCUGCAAGGGUUUUUUGUGUUCCAUUCAUUCGGUGGAGGAACUGGUUCUGGUUUCGGUGCCCUUCUUCUCGAAAGAAUAUCCGGUGAUUAUGGGAAAAAGUCUAAGCUUGAAUUCUGUGUCUACCCUGCUCCGCAACUCUCGAGUUCCGUCGUCGAACCGUACAACUCUGUUCUGACAACACACACGACUCUGGAGCACUCGGAUUGUUCAUUCAUGGUUGACAACGAAGCCAUCUAUGAUAUUUGCAAGAAAAGACUCGGCGUUGCUUUGCCUAGCUUCUCCAACUUGAACAGGCUUAUCGCCCAAGUCGUCUCUUCCAUCACGUGUUCAUUACGAUUCGACGGGUCUCUCAACGUCGAUUUGAAUGAAUUCCAAACGAAUUUGGUCCCUUUCCCUCGUAUUCACUUUCCGUUGACCACCUAUGCUCCUCUAUUGUCCGUUGACAAGGCUGGGCAUGAACAGAACUCUGUGGCCGAAAUGACCUUCUCUUGUUUCGAACUUGGGAACCAGAUGGUCAAGUGUGACCCUAAGGAAGGCAAAUAUAUGGCUUGUUGUUUGCUUUACCGUGGUGAUGUCGUUCCUAAGGAUGUUAAUGCCGCUGUUGCUAGCAUAAAGACGAAGAAGACAAUCCAAUUUGUCGACUGGUGCCCAACUGGAUUUAAGUUGGGUAUCUGUAACGAACCUCCUGCGUGUGUUCCUGGUGGUGACCUUGCAAAGGGCUCACGCAGCCUGUGUAUGCUUUCCAACACUACUUCCAUUGCUGCUGCUUGGGGUCGUCUAGAUUACAAGUUUGAUCUCAUGUACUCCAAACGGGCUUUUGUUCACUGGUACGUUGGUGAGGGUAUGGAGGAAGGUGAAUUCUCUGAGGCACGUGAAGAUCUCGCGGCUCUUGAGAAAGAUUAUGAAGAGGUUGGGACUGAUUCUGGGGACGCUGAGGAUGACGGAGAAUACUAG